AUGUCGAUCGCAAGCCUUCUCUCUUCCAUCUAUCUUCCUCCGUUUUUAUUUAUUUAUUUUGCCUUGAAUAAGCAAGCAGAUAACAGCAGUCCGGAAAAGAACAAUGUGUCGAGAACAGACGGAAAGGCAAACGAUAUGUCAGAUCUUCAGCCUCAGCGUAAAGCGGCUCAGAGUUCCUCUCACCAGAAUUCGACAUUUUCUUUUCUUUCAUCUACAUUUCAUUUUCUUACUUGCUUUUUUUUCAUUCUUUUUUUUACAACCUACUAUAAAACAUUCUUGAUUUAUUUCCUUUCUUCUGUAAAACUUUAUGUAUUUUCAUACUUUUGUAAAAUUUUCUUCGUUAUCGUUUUCUUUCUUUCUUUCUUCGUUAUCUUUUUCUUUCUUUCUUUCUUUCUUUCUUUCUUUCUUUCUUUCUUUCUUCCACUUGACUACCCCCCAUUGAUGCGUUUGUUUCCUUAUUUCUUCAUCCUACCUAAUCACUCUCCAUUGAUGAUGAGUUUCUUUCUUUCUUUAUUCUACCUACCUCCCCCCUAUAUUGAUGAGUCUCUUUCUUACUUUCUUCUACCUAUUCAUCCUCCAUUGAAGAGUUACUUUCUCACUUUAUUCUAUAAGAUCAAUUUUCCUACUCUUUCUUUCUUUCUUUCUUUCUUCUAUAAAAUAUAUUUCCUUUUCCUUCGUUCUCUCUAUUAUAAUUCCUAUUUUCUUUUAAUUCUUCCUUCUUUGAAAACUAUUAACUUCUAUUUUAUUCAUAUUAUAUCUUUGUUUCUUUAUCUUUUUCUUUCUUUUUUAUUGUCUACUUUCUUUCUUUCCUUUUCUUUUUGUAAAAUUUUCUUCGUUUUCUUUCUUACUUUCUUUUUUUCUUUCUUUUACUGA